GGCUGUUCUGGGCGGGGACACCGCGGCACUCGUGCUGUUUGCAGCAGAGCCGCAGUGUGUGUGUGUGUGUGUGAGAGAGAGAGACACAGACACCCACAGACUGUGUUGUGCGCGGUCUCUCUUCACUGGAAACAAACCAGUGUUGUUGCCACGUUUGAAUGCAGUGACUGCACCUCCAGUUGUAAAAAGGUGAACCUAUCUAGUUUGCCAUUGCUUGGUGCCUGGCAGAGAAAAACUGGUAGCUCCAAGAGUGCCAAUAGGAAGAUGGCUGCUUCAUUUGUUCCUGUGCCCUUACCUUUAGGAAAUUCCUCUCCUGGAACAGCUACAAGCAAAAAUCGUAGGAGUUCUUCGCUCCAGUCGUUGGGCAGUGCGUCCACAAGUUCAAAUUCUUCAAGAGGUUAUUUGGACGAAUUGCAUUCUGGUGGCUUCAGAAAGACUGUUACUUCUGAUCAUUUAGCUUCUGCUUCCUCUGCAACUAAUAGUCCUUUAGUAAGGACCAAGCUCAAUGGUGCAAACUCAUCCAUCGAAUACUCUCCCAGACCCACAGGGUCUGAGAAUGACACUGAUUUGGUGAACUGGGAAGAUAGACCUGCUACACCUACACUAUUGGGGUAUGAGGUUAUGGAAGAAAGGGCAAAAUUUACGGUUUACAAGGUUCUUGUGAAGAAUCACCUCGCGGAGAACUGGGUGGUGUUCAGGAGAUACACAGAUUUCUCACGACUGAAUGACAAGCUAAAGGAGAUGUUUCCUGGUUUCCGCCUAGCACUUCCACCCAAGCGUUGGUUCAAGGAUAAUUAUGAUCCUACUUUCUUAGAAGACCGACAGCUAGGACUGCAGGCAUUUCUGCAAAAUCUAGUGGCACACAAAGAUAUCGCAAACAGCAUGGCAGUGAGGGAGUUUUUAUGUCUGGAUGAACCACCAGGUCCCUUUGAUAGCCUGGAAGAGAGUCGGGCUUUCUGUGAAACAUUGGAAGAAACUAAUUAUAGACUUCAAAAGGAACUCGUGGAAAAGCAAAAGGAAGUUGAAACUCUGAGGAAACUACUGGAAGAAAAAUGCCUUCAUAUAGAGGUUUUAGAAAGCAGAUCAAGAGAAAUCUCGUUGGACGAGGAAAAUACUCGCAGACCUUCGGAACAGGAGAGUGAGUGCAGUGAAGUGGAGUCGUCUGCAGUGGAAGCUGACCAAGCUGCUAUAGAAGACAGCUCUGGAAUAGACUCUGACAAAGAACAGACCAAUGCGUGCUGGACUAGUCCUGCGACCGAAACAAGUCCGCCAGUAGAAGAAGCCGAAGCUGCUGAAGAACACUGAUGGAGCAUCCAUUGUUAGCAUCACUGUAGCAUGGGUCACCGUUCUCCAUUUCAGCGGUAGCUGGAAUACAGCUGAAGAGCAGGACAGACUGAAUCUCUGAUUUUCUAGGACCAUUUGAAAUGAUGUAGGUUUCUUUCUAUGGAGGAUCCACUCUGUUUGGAUUUGUUUUGUGAUUCUGGGACCUGCAGUGCACUGCACUAGACAGUACACAAGUAUGGAAUGGCUGAUGUGCUAAUCAUCUGCAGGUGGAUAGUGCACGUAAAAUAUUUGCCAUCUUUGUCUAACCGAGAGCUUCAUAUCUGAAGUGAGUGCAAAGUAGAUUCCAGGAACCAACUAAAUUGAGUUGUUCAAUUUUUCAGGUUGUGAUUCCUCAGCAAUUUACACAACUGGCUUUCUUUUAGGUAUAAAUUUGAAGCUGUUAUUGUGUUGGAAUGGACCUGCUUUUAAUUACUGUUCAAGUUAGUGUCUCAAUUGCAUUCAAGUAGCUUAAAUGAGCAUUUUAACAUCUGGUCCCUGACCUCAUCUUGGAUUUGCUUCCGAAAUUGUCUGUUAAACAGAUUGUUUUGUUUUAGAUCACAAUGAAUUUGUACCUGCAUUAAUUUUAAGUUAGAAUUUCCUUGAAGGAAAGCCAUAAUUCCCUCCCUCAGUGAAACUCAGGCCAAUAUGACUGUGUCUGUCUGUCAAAGGUAUACGGCAGUGGUAAGCUGUUUAUGAUGAAGGUGUGGCUAGAUAAGGCGAGACUGCUCAGAGUAUAUCUGUGGUGCACUUUAUAUAUUUUGACUUGUAUCCCGAGAUUCAUGAGCAGAACACAUCUUAGUUUCAGUUUGGCGAAUUGUGUAAUGCUUUUCUCAAUCUAUUGUUAGAAAAUUAGCUUGGCCUUUGUUGCUGCUUGAACAUUUGCACGCCUUAGUUGGUUAAGUGCCUUUUUAUUCUAGUUUUAUUUGAGGCGGAACAGCAAUGGGUGUGUUGUGCCUCGCCUACAUCCUUGUUUUAAGAGCUGUUCCUGUGAGCUUGUCUGACACGGUGAGCUGUUUAAAGCGAGAUGUAGAAUGUUUGUAUGCCAACACAACUGUCUUUCUGAAGCAGCAGAUUGUAUAAUUAUGAGACGACAAUGCAUAACACUCCACAUAGCAGACUGGGAGCUGGGGGGGUGAGAGCUUGGGGCAAGAAAGGUUUGAAGGUGGGAGAGGGAUAUUUGGGUGGAAUCACAGAGAGUGGGGGCAGAAUAAUUGAGAGCUCCAUCAGUUAUGGUGGGGCAGAUGGGGUGGGGAUAUGAAGCGAGCUGGGGUUUGUUGAGCAGGCUGUGCAGUAGAGUCAUGGGUAUGUGGGGUGAGUCCAUGGAGGCAUUUGAAAGUGAGGAUGAGAGUCUGGAAUAUGAUAUGCUGCGGGAUGGGGAACCCGUGCGAAUAUUGGAUUGUCAUUAGCUUUCUGUACCUCACCAAGGCUUGACUGCACCAACCUACAUGAAUGUUUGCUACAUGUCACAGAAGAGUUGUGGAAUCCGUGUCUCGUCUUGAACCCAGUCAUCCUUCAAUCCCCACAUACAGGCUCUUGCUGACUUUGCCUUCCCUCACUUAUGCAGCUGCAACUGCCUCAACCACAGCCUUUUCCCACUGGCCUGUUAAAUCCUGAUCCAUGCCACCUCCAGACUCGACUAUUCCAAUGCUAAUCUCCUCCAGCUCCUCCUACAGCAAUAAAUAAAUAAAUCCUUGCAUUUGAUACAGCGCCUUUCAUAUCUGAGGACAUCUGAAGGUGUUUCUCAAGAUUCACUGUAAAGCAUUUUUUUUGGUAGAUGAAUGUGUCAGCCAAUUUGCUCACGGUAAUCUCCCAUAAAGAGCCAUAGAGUGAGUGAAUAGUUAUUUGAGCAGACCCCAAGAGAAACGCCUCAGAUCUUUAUGUCCAUCUAAUUAGCAGACUGGAUCCCAGUUUAACAUCUCAUCAGGAUGACAUCUCCAACAAUGCAGGACAUCCCCAGCACUGUAUUGGAAUGUCAUCAGACAGUUCAGAGUCCUAAUGUGGGGCUUGAACCCACAAUUUAAGAGAUUGCUGCCAUCUGAGCCAAGCUGAUGUCUAAAUCAGUGGGCAAGUCUUCAGACAAUCUGCAGCUGUUCCCAGAAACUCCAUCACGGAGAGUCCUUCCACUCCUGCCUUCAAAACCUGCAUUGGAAGCUAUAUCAUCUGCACAUUUGGCUACCUUUUCCCCUCUCUAAAGUCUGCCACCCCCUCUGCCCUCCCCCAUCCCACUCCGACCACUUGGGGAUCCCAGUCUGUCAUGUGAAGUAGUUUGUCACUUUCUACUGACAUGAAAGAUGCUAUAUAAAUGUAAGUUAACCAGGUUUGUUAAUAUUGGACUGAGAUUCAAAAUUUUUAUUUCUGAAUUCCAAGUGACAAUAAGGGAAACUAUUUUAAUUCCCUCUAUGCAUGCUUUAAAUUGUUGUAUAAUAUUGGUCGCAGGGCUCCCCUCCACACAUGAAUGUGUACAAACAAAUAACCACUCCAGUUUCAACAAGAGGCAAUUUAUUGGUUUUUGCAUGUUUUCAUUGUUGCAAAUGUUACUUUUUUUCAAAUAAACUUUCUGCAACAUAACUUUCUUUACGUUGCCCAUGUCUUAAAAUAGACUCUCUAGCUCCUGGUGUGUUCAUGUAUGUUCAUUUUCCUCGCCCACUUUCUUUCCCUCCUCCCACCCCCUCUUCCUCUUGCAAAACUUCUGUCUUCUACAGGUCCAUGGCUGAAAUGGUCACAGUUGUUAAAACAUGUACUAUCUGUCUCCAUUCCUUUUUUUUGUAGCUCCAAAAAGUUUUUUUUAAGACUGAACUUUAGAUCCUUU